AUGAAAAGUUUAACGGUACAAAUGUAUGUAUUGCAGUAUUGUAAGAACAUGGAUAUUAACAAGAAGAUUCUAUUACAAUUUCAUCCAGAUUAGCAAAAUCUAUGUAUUUAUAAUGUAAAUAAGAUAUAAUAGAAGUUGUUAUUUAGAAAUAAUAAACUGGAUCGACUGAAAUUAUAGGAAGACCAGACAGAUAUAAUUAAAGGUAAGAAUGGAGAUGUUAAAAAUUUCUAACAUGAUUUAAAUUAUGAAAAAUUAGAUGAAAAUGGAUUAAUUAGAGAAGGUUCAGUUGUAAGAAAAGGUGAUAUUGUUAUAGGUAAAAUAUUAAUUUUAAAUCAAGAAGAUUAAAUAAUUGAUAGAUCUAUAAAGUUUGAAUAUGAAGAAGGAAUAAUUUUAAAAGUGAAAUAAAUUAAUGUUGAUGGAUAAUAAAAAAUUAUAAUAAGAUUUAUUAUUCCAUUAUAUCCUUAAAUUGGUGAUAAAUAUGCUGCAAGAUGCGGAUAGAAGGGAACAAUUGGAACAAUUAGAGAUGAAAAUUAAAUGCCAUAUACAAAUGAUGGUACACCAAUUGAUAUUAUAAUUAAUCCUUGUUCAUUUUCAACCAGAAUGACAAUAGGUAUGAAUAUUGAAUAAUAUACUUCUUAUCUUGUGUUAUUAACUGGAUUGUUUUUGGAUUCUUCAAUGUUUUGCGAUGUAAAAGAUCAACUUAAUAAAACUUAUAAACAUUUAUUAGAUUAUUAUAAUAAAAUGUAAAAUCUUAAUGAUACAAAUCAAAGUGAAGAAGAUAGAUAGAUAAGAAGAAAUAUAAAGAAAUAUAUUGGGAUAGAAAAAGAUUUAUUAUCCUUUAACUGGAGAAUUUAUUGGAUAUGCUCAAGUUGGAUUUGUAUUUUAUGCUGCUCAAGAAUAAAAAGCUUUUAGUAAACUUUAUGCUGUAGGAUUUAAUGA